CUGGGACGAGCUUCGUCGAUGAUCACUCAUCAGCAACUCAUCUCGCCAUACGCAACCAAGCUCUAGACCACCCUCGCCGCCUCACGCAAAGCACAUCAAGAUGCUCGUUCCCGUCGCCGCUCUCGCCGCCUUCGCCACCGCUGCCUCUGUGGCCGCCGCACCUGCCGGUCCUUCGACGACGCCACUUGCCCGGGGCAACCGAGGCAACCACGGCUACGCCACCGUGCGAGACAUCGGACAGUACGAGGCGGGGAGUAACUGGUGUCAUGUCUACGCGGAGUCGACGCCCUACCGCGUCGUCCUCUCGAACGACUUCCUGGCCGACACGCCGCCGGCCUUCUGCCGCAACGUCACGGUGCGUGCAGAUCUGAGGCGGCGAAGCGAGAUCGCAGCUCAUCUUCUCCAUCCACGGCAGAUGACUGCCACAGAGAACGGCAACUCGUGGCACGGCGUUGUUGUCAACGGCUCCAGCGACUACGCUUUCAGUAAGCACGCCUCACAAUGCACUUGCCUCAGCGCUCGCUGACGUGUGACCACUAGGCGACAUGGGCAUCUCGCAGGCCAUCUACGAUAAGCUUGGCGUCGACACAGGCGCAGUCGAGAUCACCU